AGGUCAACAUGUCCCACACCUGCCACACCUGGGCGGCGUGCAGGUGCGACAAGUCCGGGAAGCAGGAGGCCAGCACGUCGCCCACACCACUCAGAUGCUGGUGGACAGACUUCAAGUCGCCCACGGAGAAAAGUGCGGCCCAACUUGUUGUUGUUGGAACAACUUUGUCUUCGCCAUCUUUUUGUCGUCUUUGUAAAGUUCUGUUGUGACACGUGACCGCGAACUUGCUCUCGAUGACGUUCCACUGGACGAUAAAAGCUAACUUGAAGACCUCGGCGUCCUCGAAGAUGUUGCUUUUCACCGCCACCCAGCCUUCUAAACUGUCUGGACGCUCACAGUCGGCGUCUUUCUGAGACACUUGAGGCGGUCUUAAAGCUGCUGCCCUUGUUGUACAGAAGUCUUCCGUCUUUAUCACGGCCGCCAUCGCUCUGACGCAGGCAUCAAGUUGCUGUUUAUUUGUGUCGCUGGCAUGUCGUCACGUGACCAGCUUCUAUUUCUGUCCUCUGCUGCUCACAUUCACUCAACUUGCUGCUCUGCAAACUUCAUCAGAGAAGAAGAGAUGCAACACAAUUCUACAAAACAAAGUGAAGAUUCAUCUGACAUGCAUCACAUGGAAAGUGAAAUGGCCAGCAGAAGACUUCAGUUAGAAGAAAAAGUGGACGAGAUGGAAAAGUUUGCAGGACACUUGGAGGAAAUCUUCCUGACUGUGGAGGAGAACUUUGGGCGUCGUGAGCAGCACUUGGAGCAUCACUACAACCAGGUGCUGCACACCUUGUCCCAGGGUCAUGAUGCUGCUGCUGCAGGGCUGGAGGAGCAGAAGAGGAACAAGUUGCAGAGUUUGUACACUCAGCUGCUUGCUUGUGGGGAACACCUGGACGCCUCCAAGGAGCUCAUUGAGGAAGCCAAGGAGGUUUACCGCAGCCACGAUGUCAGGCUUUUUCUCAAGGUUGUGGUUGCCACCAUUAAAAGAAUGGAGGACUUUGCCAAAGAAGAGAUGGACCUCACCUUGUCCACACGUCUGGACUUUGACACGCCUCUUGCUGACCUGUCGGACGUCAGAAGCAUGAUGGACUCCAUCAACAUUGUUGCAGCUCCAUCAGCUCCAGUCAUAAACCCCCAAAUGGCCAACUCGGCCACACACACAUCUCUGCGUGUGUGCUGGACUCUGUUCUCUGACGACACGGUGGACUACUACGAGCUGUACUACACACCUGUGCUGCAGGACACACCCACUGCGGCACCACCAGUGCACAAAGUGAAAGUGAAAGAAAGUCAGUGCUCUUUGACAGACCUGCUGCCUGGAGCUCAGUAUGAAGUGUGGCUGACAGCCACCAACACCACCGGCAUCAGCCCCGCCAGCGACAAGGUACUCUACCUCACAGUGCCUUCACCUCCAGUGCUGAAGUUGAAGGAGUGUUGCAGCUGCACAGAGGCUGCUCUAAUUCGCUGGGAGUCAGGAAACUGUGAUCCUGUCGAUUCCUACACACUGGAACUCCAACAGUUGACACUUGAUGCCAAUGACCGCCAUGUCACACAGUGUGUGGUAGCAAUCCCCACCUGCCAGAGUCUGGUUGCCCUCCAAGAUGGCCAUCAAUACAGCGUGUGUGUGAGGGCCGUCAAUGUUGGCGGUCAGAGCGACAAGAGUGAUGUCAUCACCAUCUCCACCACUGGUACCUUCUUCCACCUGAUGGAGGACACUGCCCAUCCCUGCUUGUCCUUCUCAGAGGACGGUCUGACCUUAUUUUAUGGGGAUGAAGAAGUACCAAUAAGUGCUAUGGGUCUAGACCAGAACUACUUCACCAGUUGUGUGGCGGUCCUGGGGGAUCUGAUUCCAGUGCGUGCUCGCCAUUACUGGGAAGUGUCGCUGGACCAGGAGACAGAGUUUCGUAUUGGCGUGGCGUAUGAGGACACGGAGAGAAGUCACUACCUGGGAGGAAACAGUAGCUCCUGGUGCAUGAGACACGUCCUCACUCCAUCCAGACACAAGUACGAGUUUCUGCACGAUGGCUGGAGUCCUGACCUGAGGAUCACGGUGAACCCAGUCCACGUGGGUGUGGCUUUGGACUACGAGAGAGGAACCCUGAGCUUCUUUAACGUGGAUUUGAAACAACACCUGCACACCUUCCAGUGUCACUUCCAGCGCUUGGUGCACCCUUGUUUUGGUCUGGACAGCCCAGGAGCUCUGACCAUCAUCAAUGGAAUGGAGGCUCCCAGAUAUGUCUUCCAGAAUUAGCAUCUCCAGAGAUUUGAUGACUUUUUAUUUGAAUAUUCCAUGGGAACAACAUUCAUUUUCCAAGAGAAGAAAAGUUUUUACAUUUCUUGGCCAACUGCUGUAAAAUAUGAUCAUCACUAUUCACAUUAAAAAAGGAGAAAUCCACCAAGGAAACCUAAAAA